UUGUUGAUAAACAAAAGUUCCGUUGCUGUUUCGGCCGGACUCCUAUUAGCGACGGACUGAACGUUGAAGCUGCGAAAAUCUAAAAAAUAAAUUUUCAGCUCAUUAAAGAAAAAAAAACAGAGAGAUGGGUGAACAGCCGGUCAGAGUGUUGGCAUGUGGGGAUGUUGAAGGCCGACUCAGCACUCUGUUCAAUCGAGUCCAGACCAUCCAGAAGAAGACGGGACAGUUUGAUCUGCUGUUGUGCGUCGGAGAGUUUUUUGGAAUGACGCCUGAGACCGAAUCCGAAUGGCAGCAAUACAAAACUGGAGCUAAGAAAGCUCCCAUCCACACUUACAUCCUCGGAGCAGCGAGUCAGGAGACAGUGAAGAAUUUCACCAACGCUGACGGCUGCGAACUGGCCGAAAACAUCACGUAUCUGGGUCGUCGAGGUGUGUUUACCGGUGUGUCGGGGCUACAGAUCGCCUACGUCAGCGGUCAGGAGGCUCUUCAGGAACCGGCUCCGUCUCACUGCUUCACCUCCAAAGACCUGUCGGCCCUCGUUACUCCACUGAUCAACAACUCCAAGUUCAGAGGCGUCGACAUCCUGCUGACGUCGCAGUGGCCGCGAGGAGUCUGGAACUACGGAAACAACCCGGAAGUGAACACGAAGUCAUGUGGAAGCAGCUCCGUUGCCAACCUCGCCGACAAACUGAAACCGCGAUACCACUUCGCUGCACUAGAGGGCGCUCACUAUGAAAGACUCCCAUACAGGAAUCACGUCGUUCUCCAGGAAAACGCUCAACACGUCAGCCGCUUCAUCGCCCUGGCGACCGUCAACAACCCCGCCAAGAAGAAGUAUCUGUACGCCUUCAACAUCAUCCCCAUGAAGACCAUGGAUCCGUCAGAGCUGGUGAAGCAGCCGCAGGACACGACUGAAAACCCCUACAGACGAUCCAACAAAGACAAGACGGACAGACAAAAGGCGGCAUUUAGUAGCACAGAGGAAGAGGAACCAGCCCAUCAGUUCUUCUUCGACCUCGGCAACAAGCAGGGCGGAGCUAAUCGAGGUCGCGGCAGGAAAAGACCUUCACAUGGAGACAGACACCAACAGUGGCAACAAAAACAGCCGCGAAAACACCCUCAGCCCACUGGUCCCUGCUGGUUCUGUCUGGCCAGUCCUCAGGUGGAGAAACACCUGGUCAUCAGCAUAGGAGAUCACUGUUACCUGGCUCUGGCUAAAGGAGGUCUGACUCCCCUCCAUGUCCUCAUCCUCCCCAUCGGUCACUACCAGUCGGUGGUGGAUCUGAGCUCCGAGGUGGUCGAGGAGAUGGAAAAGUACAAGUCUGCCAUGAGGAGCUUCUACAAGAGCAAAGGCCAACGAUGUGUUCUGUUCGAGAGGAACUACAGGAGUCAACACCUGCAGCUGCAGGUCGUCCCGGUUCCGUUGGAUCGCUGCACCACCGAGGACAUCAAGGAGGCGUUUACUGUCCAGGCUCAGGAGCAGCAGAUGGAGCUGAUGGAGAUUCCUGAACACACCGACCUCAAACAGAUUGCCCCUCCAGGGACACCGUACUUCUACGUGGAGUUGGACUCGGGGGAGAAACUCUUCUACCGAAUCCAGAAACAUUUUCCUCUGCAGUUUGGAAGGGAGGUUCUGGCCAGUGAGGCGGUUCUGAACAUCCCGACUCGAGCCGACUGGAAGGAGUGUAAACAGACCAGAGAGGAGGAAGAAGAAAGCUGCAAACAGCUGAGAGAUGAUUUCCAACCGUUCGACUUCGCCUGGGAGGACUAACACACAUGUUUGUUCAGCUCAGCUCAGUUUGUUCAGGAAGUCUAAAACUCAUCAUGGUCUCCAUAAAAAUAGACAUUUACAGUUACAACCACAGCCUGGAGCAUUGAUUAUUUUGUUGUUUCAGCCCUUAAAGGAACAGUUUGACAUUUUGGGUGGAUCAAUACUGCCCUCACACGCAACUAUAGCCAAAAACUAGUUAGCUUAGCAUGGCACAAAGACUGAUUUGUUAGCUGUGGAGUUGGAAUUUUGUUGCAUUUGGGAGGAGCUAGGCUAACAGUUACCACCAGUUUCCAGUCUUUAUGCUAAGCUAACUAGCUGCUAACUCCAGCACAGGCAUGAAACUGGAAUCAAUCCUGUCAUUUACCGUUCAGCAGGGAAUGUUCAGAAUGAGUUUCCAAAAAAGUCAAAGUUUUCUUGUGAGUCAGGGUUUAGUGUUUUAUAUACUGUUUUCUAAUAUUGACAGUUGUUGCUGGUGAAAACAGUGAGUUUUAUAAGGUUGAAAGCCUCCCCCCUUUUUUUUUUUUGCAAUUCUUCUGCAGUUGAUUUCAAAAUGAAUUUUGUGUUUAUUAAAGUGAAUAUGAAAUUCCCAAACCCUCAGUCUGCUUUUGUUUUCACACUAAAUCUGUUGUCAUUCCUUUGGAGGCUCUUUUGUUUAAACCACAACUUGGGGUUGAAAAGUUUUUAAAUGUAUUUCUUGUAUUUUGUAAAUGAGCAACAAUUAAACUUUUAUUUUCGA